GAUGUUUGAAUAUUUUUUAUAUCAGCAGGAUGAUGGAAUUGUAGAGAAGCUGUCAAGAAAAUAUACGUCUUGCCUAUUUCUCCUGUCUUCGGUUCUAGUAUUGUUAAUUCAGCGAUUUCAAGAUCCAAUUGUAUGCUCAUUUCCUGACGUAUUUUCCAGUUCUCAAAUUUCUGCUGGUACUGACAUUUGCUUUUGGAAAGACAAUUAUCAAACAAGCAGAAAACUCUCAAAUGAACAUGAUAAAAUCUUUAAUAUUCAUAAAUGGCUGCCUUGUAUACUACUUUUGCAGGCCAUUAGCUUUUUCUUGCCUUGUAUUUUAUGGAGAAUUGUUUAUACUCUUUGCGGUAAAAAUUUAAGUCAAUUUGUAAACGAAAUAAACUACUGCAACACCUUAGAGAGUUCGGAUGUUCGCCAGAGAAAGUUAGAAAUUUUAGGUUCUAGAAUCCUGGGUCGCAGCUCUGGAUUUUUAUCAAUAACUUAUGGAUUGAUAAAACUACUUUAUCUUAUUAAUGCUGUGGGACAAAUGAUCCUUUUAGCAUUUUUAUUGAAUUGGGGUACACUAUUGUUUAAAUUUGCCCAUUUCUUACCAAUACCUAAAGAAUCCUAUUUAUCUUUGUUGGUUUCUUGCCACUAUAAAAUAGGGAAAUAUGAAGUUUCGGCUGAUUGCGUACUUCAAUCAAAUCAUUGGAAUGGAGCCAUGGCUUGCCUGUUGGUGAUUUGGCUAGUAGCUCUUAUCCCUAUUUUACUAUUUGAUGCCAUUUUAUGGUUAAUUGAUUAUUGUAGAUGGCCCGAUAAAUUUUUAAGAGAGCAUCUAUCUUCGUACAACAAAGAAGAUGAAGACUUAGCCCAAUUUAAAAUGUUCUAUUUAAACAGGGAUACUGAAUUUAUCCUUAAGAUCAUCGCGGAAAAUUCGGGCUAUUUCAUAGUGUCAGAACUAGUUUGGAAACUAUGGGACUACUUCUCUGGAAAAUUUCCUUACAGCAGUCCCGAUGCUCCACCUUAUGAAAUCACAGAUGAUAAUGAACAAUCUUCUAUUUAA